GGACAGUUAGCCAUCAGGGGCGCAGUGCGGCCUAGGAAGCGGUGCCCACGAACAGAACAUGACGACGGAACCUGCCACAAGGCUACAGGACAGCCAAGGCCUGUGGAAGAGCCGCUAUACGCUGGCGCUUCUGUGCAUGCUGGGACUUGCUGUAAAAUACGCGAUACGCGUCAACAUCUCCGUGGCCAUUGUGGACAUGGUCAACCAGACGGCCCUCCUAGAAAGCGGCGGCAGCGGCAACGACAGCGACUACGUGGCUGGCGACCCACUCGCGUGUCCUGGAGAGCUGGCUGCGGAGGGCGUUGACUCACGCAAGGAGGGCUACUUUGUAUGGGACAAGCACAAGCAAGGAGAGAUCCUGGCGGCCUUCUACUAUGGCUACACGGUGGGACACCUCCCCGGUGGAGUGCUUGCCGACCGUUUCGGAGGCAAACUCAUAUUCGGGAUCGGCAUCUUCCUCUCGUCUCUGCUGACGGUCCUGACACCGGCUUCCGCGUGGGCCGGUGACCACAUUCUUUUCGUCAACAGGUUAGGCGUUGGACUCUUUCAGGGCGGCAUUGUACCGACAGUACAGACUCUCAUAUGCAGUUGGGCCCCUGACCACGAAAGAAGCAGGUUCUCAAUAGUAUUCUUGGGCAUGUACUGGGGCAUCGUCGCAUCUAUGGCGGCGACGGGCGCGCUGUGCGAGACGGCUGCGGGCUGGCCGCUCGCGUUCUACGUGUUCGGCGGCCUGGGGCUGCUGUGGUGCGUGCCCUGGUACCUGCUGGUCGCGGACUCGCCGGCGCGACACCCGCGCAUCGACCCGGCCGAGCGCCGCUACAUAGAGGCCAGCAUCGUGUCCAGCGCCAGGAAGAAACUCCCUGUGCCCUGGAGGAGUGUAAUUUCCACGCCGGCUGUCUGGGCCAUGGUCGCCUUCCUGAUCACGUUUGACUGGAGUUUCUACCUGCUCAUCACUUCGCUGCCGCUCUACCUCGCCAACAUCAUGCACUUCGAUAUGCACAGCAACGGGCUCCUGUCCGCCAUACCUCACAUCACCGGUGGCGUUGGCAGUCUAUUGUUUGGGUGGCUCGCUGACUUUGUGUUCCGGAAGGGCUACGUAUCCAAAAUCACCGGUUUCCGCCUAAUAAAUGCAAUAGGUCUGCUGGGGCCGGCGGCGGCUCUCGUGGUGGUGGCGCUCGUGGGCUGCGACACGGCGGUCAUCGUGGUGAUGCUGGCGCUCAGCGGCUUCUGCAUGGCCACCAACUGCUCCGGCUUCUACAUGAACAUGCAGGCCAUAGCGCCCAACUACGCCGGCACCAUAGUGGGAGUCGUCAACACCUUCGGCAACUUGUCGGGUAUCAUCGUUCCUUACGUCGUCGGUGCGUUCACCAACGCCAACCAAAAGCGGUCUGCUUGGAACGCGGUGUUCUACCUGUCGGCGGCGCUGUCAGCAGCUGGGUACGUCGCCUACGCCGUGUUCACCACAGCCGAGGAGCAGCCGUGGAACACUUGCCCCUCAGGAAAAGAAUCCAAAGCAAAGAGCGACGGGUCCGCUGACACAGCAACCAUUGAAGAUGAAGUCGUGGAAGAGAGUGGGCAUAAAUCCCUUGACUUUUAGCCAUCGAUAUCUUCAGCACAUUCUAAUGUGUCACCAGCGGGCUGCACGAAGGUAAUGGUGGCACAAUCGGCGUGGAUGUUGUCUGGAGAUGGACUCUCCAAAUGUGUGGAUUGUUGCACUUAGUUACUAGGCACUCGGUGGUGUCUGCAAAGAGAAAAGUUGUCAACUUCCUAUGAAGUACCUGUUCUUUCCUAUGAAUGUAUUAAACCUUGCAGUUUUUAGGACUGUGCCAACCAAUGGGCAAAAUUUUCAAAAUGAAACUCAUGUUUCCGGGCUGUCGUUGAGA